UCCCCCUCUCCUUCUGCGCCUUGCAAAGCUCUGCCUCGCUCUCCCCGUCUGUGCUGCUGGCCGCGGGGGCUGUGAUGCAGGUAUGACAUAUGGUCCGCUCUUGCCUCAGCUGGGAUCCCCUCUGGUGUCUCGUUAACAUGCGCUGCCUGGUGGGGCUGCAUCAUUGUUAAAGGAGAUUCCAGUGCAGCGCGUCCGUCCCUCUUCUCUGGGACUCCUGGGCUGUUAGGCUUGAAGGAAGCGGUGAGCCGGCUCAGUGGCAAAUAACUUCCCUUUACAGAGAUGAAGAAGUGGGCAUAUGGAUUGGUAGAUAUUGAAGUUUUCUUGAUCACCUUUUUGGGGGAAAAGGUUUCGACCUGAGCCAACAGAAUGAAUCAGAGAAUCAAGCAGUCUGCUAAGUCUUCCUAACUCCUUGUCAAGCAAAGCAGGAGAUAUAUCUCCAAUCAAUAGCUCCCAACACACUGCUCCUGUGGCUUCUGAAGGAAGCAAGACUGAAGUGUGACACUUUUUUCCCAAGACUUCUGUCUGAAAUUGAUCUGAAAAAAAUUCCAGGGGGUUUUCUUUGUACAAAUCCAGUCUAUUCAGGAAAUGAAGUUGGUAUAAUUUUAGCAGAAGACAUACAAACAUAACUGGUAUCUUUAAGUUGAUGCAGUGUGGAGUCUGCAUUUAAACCAUACACUUAUAAUGGAUGAUGGUUAUAGAAACAGUGCAAAUCUCUACCAUGGAGCAAGGGAUAUAGCUAGAGAGGCAAACCGUCAGUCUAGGAACCAAGGAAUGGAUGACUACAGGUAUCAGGAUGGCAACUAUGAAGGGUAUACAGCCAAUGACAGUUAUUACCGUGAGGGAGAUGAGUCUCACCAAGAUGAAGAUGCUCAGAGUGAUGCUACUGAAGGCCAUGAUGAAGAUGAUGAAAUCUACGAAGGGGAGUAUCAGGGUAUCCCCCACCCAGAUGACAUUAAGGCAAAGCAGAAGAAGAAAUCUCCUUCCAGGUCUGAUGACUAUAGAGACCAGAAAGAUCUCAUGGCAGAACGAUUGGAAGAUGAGGAGCAGCUGGCUCACCAGUAUGAGAAUAUCAUCGAGGAAUGUGGUCAUGGGCGUUUCCAGUGGACCCUCUUUUUUGUUUUAGGUUUGGCCCUGAUGGCUGAUGGGGUAGAAGUUUUUGUGGUGGGUUUUGUCCUUCCCAGUGCAGAAAAAGACAUGUGUCUAUCCAGUUCCAACAAAGGAAUGCUAGGGCUGAUAGUCUACCUGGGAAUGAUGGCCGGGGCCUUCAUCUGGGGUGGCCUGGCAGAUAAGCUUGGGAGGAAGAAAGUCCUCGGCAUGUCUCUUGCAAUCAACGCCUCCUUUGCAUCCCUCUCCUCUUUCGUACAGGGCUAUGGCUUCUUCCUCUUCUGCCGCCUUAUCUCUGGUAUAGGGAUCGGGGGGUCCCUUCCCAUUGUAUUUGCCUAUUUUUCGGAAUUCUUAUCUCGUGAGAAGAGGGGAGAACACCUCAGUUGGCUCUGCAUGUUCUGGAUGAUUGGGGGAAUUUAUGCUUCAGCAAUGGCCUGGACCAUUAUUCCACACUAUGGUUGGGGCUUCAGCAUGGGAACCAACUAUCACUUCCACAGCUGGAGGGUGUUUGUGAUUGUCUGUGCUCUUCCAUGCAUGGCAUCCAUGGUUGCCCUGAAGUUCAUGCCAGAGAGCCCACGUUUUCUACUGGAGAUGGGUAAACAUGAUGAAGCCUGGAUGAUUCUCAAGCGUGUCCAUGACACCAAUAUGCGGGCCAAGGGGGCACCUGAGAAAGUAUUCACAGUUUCCCACAUCAAAACCCCCAAGCAAAUAGAUGAGUUCAUUGAAAUACAAAGCUCAACAGGGACUUGGUACCAACGCUGGCUGGUCAGAUUCACCACUAUUUUUAAACAGGUCUGGGACAAUGCCUUAUACUGUGUGAUGGGUCCAUACAGAAUGAAUACACUGAUUCUGGCUGUGGUUUGGUUUACAAUAGCCCUGAGUUACUAUGGUCUAAUAGUUUGGUUCCCGGACAUGAUUCGCCAUUAUCAGGAUGAAGCUUACAAGGCUAAGGAAAAGAUCUUUAAACAUGAACAUUUGGAACAUGUCACAUUCAACUUUACACUGGAAAACCAGGUGCAUGAACAUGGGAGGUUCUUCAACGAUAAGUUCUAUAGGAUGAAAUUCAAGAAUGUCAUCUUCGAGUCUUCCUUCUUUGAUGAAUGCUACUUUGAAGAUGUGGUGUCUCCUGGGACUUUCUUCAAAAACUGCACCAUUGAAUCAACCAUCUUCUAUAACACAGAUCUCUAUCACCACAAAUUCAUUGGUUGCCGGUUUGUCAAUGUCACCUUUAUGGAGCAGAAAGAAGGGUGCCACCUUGACUUUGAAGAAGAUAACGACUUCCUGAUUUACCUUGUUAGCUUCCUCGGCAGUCUGUCUGUAUUGCCAGGCAACAUUGUAUCAGCUCUGCUCAUGGACAAAAUUGGGAGAAUCAAGAUGAUUGGUGGCUCCAUGCUGAUAUCAGCAGUCUGCUGCUUCUUCCUGUUUUUUGGCAACAGUGAAUCCGCCAUGAUUGGCUGGCAGUGCCUGUUCUGCGGGGCCAGCAUUGCUGCCUGGAAUGCUCUGGAUGUGAUCACAGUGGAGCUCUAUCCCACCAACAAGAGAGCAACGGCCUUUGGUAUCCUCAAUGGCAUCUGCAAAUUCGGGGCCAUCUUGGGAAAUUCUAUCUUUGCUUCCUUUGUAGGGAUAACCAAAGUGGUUCCCAUACUCUUGGCUUCCUCUUCUCUGGUUGGGGGAGGCCUGAUUGCCCUUCGUUUGCCGGAGACUCGAGAACAGGUCCUGAUGUGAAGAGCUUGGGGGAAAAGCAAAGACCUGAAGAGCCAUAUCAAGCAAAAUUGAUAUGCCCCCACUCUUAUUGUUUAUCACUUUCUGGUGGAUACCUCAGAUAACAGGGGAAGAAAAGCUAAUUUUGAGACCCAUAGUUUAGGACCAGUUUCAACUGUGAGAAUGCUCUUACCUCAGUGGAUUGAUUUGGUGGCACCAACAACCACCCAUAGGAACACAGAGCUUUGUGCAGUGCCUUAGGUCUCCCUAGCCUAAGGCACAGGGAGUGAAGGUACAAUGUCUCCUCUUCCAGUGAGCGCACAUACUGUGCGGGAGUGAGGGGGACCAUCUCUGUUUCUUUCCCUUGGAUGAGGCAUAGGUCAUGGUUUGCAUUUCAAAACUACUUUUCUGUCAGGCUCCUUCACAGAAUGUGUCAGGCUAAGAAAGUCAACAAAUUGCUUUAGUUAAAGAUUAGAUCUAUCCUUUUGGUUUUUGGUAUGAGGAAGAUAUGUGUGUGUGUUUAAAAAAAAUGAUUUUAAAAUAUCACCUAUUUCCAUCUCCAUUUAAACAUUGAUGCAGAAGCAUCUCAAAUGCUCCCAAGCAGAACCAAAUAUAUAACUAUUUGGAACAAUAUUUGUUGAAAUCGACCAUUGUUCUACAACUACAUCCUAUCCAUUGGAUGGAAAUGAGGAAAUCCAGUGUAAUGAUGGGAAGUUUAUUUUUUAAUUUAGUUUUAUUAGAAGGCAAUUAUGUGAUGAACAUUUUGCAAACCAAAUGUAUACAUAUUAUGACAUGUCAAAGUGGGGUAUUUGGACAUUAAUAUUUAGAAUAUGGGAUCUAGAGAUGCUUAGUAGCAUCAUAUCCAUAUUUGGGAAGGCAUUGUUGUUUAGGGUUUCAGUACAUAUGGGUCAGAUGGAAUGAAAUGUAAGCACGGUUUCUUAUAACCAUUUAACCUGUUAUCUAGAGGAUGCACUGGCAACCUCACAUUGUACAGUCCAUUUAACUCAGGCACUUUUCUCUGCAUAGGUGGAUUAGUUAUGUUUUAUAUGCUAUAGAGAUCAUCCAUGAAAUACAAAUAGAGGGUUCUCGUGUCCUGAAUUUGACUUUUACCACUCAUCAGGACUCAAAGUAAGAUGAGUUCAUUGGCCUUUGGCUUUCAUCUUGUUGGCAAGAACAAAAUAACAUUCACUGGGGUGUAAAAAUGGUCAAUGUUUUACAGCAUAGAUUCUUCUCAUUCAUUCUAGCAGUUAGACAAGUUAGUAUCUGUGAAAAGAGGACAUGUCCCAUGGGCAGGCAAUGCCACUGUGCGAAUACUGCCUGCCUGCCUUUCUUUCAUUCAAGGCCUUUCCAAUGUUGGUGAACGAGAGAGUGGAGCAUUUACUGAAUCAGUCUUACAUUGUUCAGUAUUCCAAGAAAGUUAUGUUGGGAUGAUUGGAUCCAGAACUUACAUUUGGCUAAGCAUAGCGGAUACCUUGUAUGGAAAGGAGGAGCAAUAGAUGAAGUGAUUGCCUCUUUAUCAUACAUAGCAUUCAUUUUGUACAUUGAUUUGCAGUGUGCUCUUUGACUGUUAAAUAAAUGUGAUCCUUUUACCACAAGGAAUAUUCACUUACGUUAAAAAGCAGUGACUACAUUUACAUUGACAAUUCAGAGGUCCCCUGUUUUGGAGAGAGUUGUUUAGGUUCAGAGAUGAUUUGAGGUAGUCUCAUUCAAUACUUUCUUGAAUGUAGCCUCUUCAGCCUUCUCUCUGUUUCUCUAUCUGACCUCAGCCCUCACACUAUUUACACCCCCAUUCUAUGUUCUCUUUUCUUUACUAUUUUAUGUCAGAGAAAGAAGUCACAUCGUCAUUAGCUCCAUGAUCUUAAGCCUUCCUUAUCCUCCCUACCCCACCCAUGUAUAUGUUUUGUGACUUCACGUUAAUCACCCUGCUGUUAAUGGUAUACAGGGUGUAACUGAUGUGAAUGCUACCUCUUUUAUGAGAGCCCUAUGUAUAUAUUAGUGCUUUCCAUAUCCAAAAUAUUCUUGCUAACUUUAUAAGGAAAGAUAAUCUAAUCCCAGGAUUUCGAUGACCCCUAUCAUAUAAGUCUGCGAAUAGAAGACCAGUUUAAUGGAGAUUUACCAUUUAAGGAUGUCACAGGCUGUUGGGUCCUGUAUUUCGAGUUAUGAUUGAUCUUGUGGAUCCUGAAAGUGAUGAAUUGGGGAGUACUGGAACAGUGGUUAUAACUCCAAGUUCAACUUUAGUCAGUUCUCCAAGUUCUGUCUUUUCAAUUUAUAGGCAUCACUGCACCAUUUCUAUUGCUGCUUAAAGCAACUCCCAAACCAACCAAGUGCAACUUUCAUCCCAUUCAUCACCAAAUCACCCAUAAACAGGGCACCCAGUCAUUGGCAGCCUUUAAAUAUGAAGAAUAACCUGGCAGUGAUGCUUAGCCAUUUCCUCUAUGCUGUCACGGUGGUUGAGAAGGAUAGCAUUCAUUAAACAUCAUCUGUAGGGCAUGCCAUUAGGGAAGAGGAUUGGUUUCAAGGAGAUCCCUUAAAUAAAACUUGAUGGAUUCUUUGUUGUUUUAGCCAGAAAAGGCACUGCAAAGGGGCAUAGUAUGGGACUAUAGUUUAGCAGUAAAAUCGGUUUACAUUUCAUGAUCCUUUUUUGUACCUUAGAAGUACCAGAGAGGAUAUAUAGAGGAUGGAGGGCCAGUAUUAAAAUUAGGAAGACCUGAGGUCAUAUACCACCCCUGACACAUACUAGUUCUGUGACUAUGGUGAAUCAUCUAACCUUUUAGGCCUCCUUGCAACCUUCUCAAAACAAUAUCAUUACAGAUGAGAAUCCCAGCUACAUCAGCAGGAGUUCCCUAUGCUAUUAAAAUAAUUGGUUUGGACAUAAUAAUAUUUUAAAAUCACCCUUAUAAAUAGCAGGGUUUUUUGAGGAAACUUCAUUAGUAUACUGUCCCCUUGUAGUGCUGAAUUUAGACAACUGAUUUUAUUGAAAACAAUUAACAGUAUAAAGAUUUGCGAACUUUUCACCUGAGACAAAUUGGUUCCCAGAAACAUUCUCUUAUUUAAAGUCUUUAACAACAUCUUCCUUCAUUGGUUCUAUUUCUUCUCAGAUUUUUGUCACUUAAUGGGCUUCUGAUCUCAUACCCCUAAAUUCCGCAAGCUUGGAGAUCUUAGCAACGGGACUUUUCCUAGAUUUUUUGGUGAUGGGAUCAUGUGAUUAAUAAUUAUAAAAUGUCAAAUUUCAACAAAGGCCAUUUGUAGCUGGACUUCAUAGAGCUAAUAAACACCCUGGGCUUCUCUUCCAAUCAACUGAAGUUUGUUGAAUACAGAUGCCACUCUGGGGAUUCUCUUUAUCUCAGGGUCAUUUGCCAGUUUUCCAUUCCCUACAACAACAUAAAUAAGAUGGAUAGCAAUAAUAACAGUAGCCAGCAUUUAUAUUGUGCUUUAAGGUUUGCAAAAACCUUUACAAAUGUCAUCUAGUUUAUCCUUACAACAACCCAUUUUACCUAAGAGCAAACUGAAGUUGCCUGAGGUUAAGCAAUCUGCUUGGGGUCACACAGCUAGUAAAUGACUGAGAUCGAUCUUGAACUCAGGUCUUUCCGGCACCAAGUUUAGUACUCCAUCCCUUUGCUACAGUUUUUCUAUUUUUCUUAUCACUUACUCAGAGGUUUUACUUUUCAAAUGGCUGUACCGAGGCCUUUGCAAUUAAUAGAGCUGACAGAAGGUGGCAGCAGCAGAGGGUUAUUGAAUGGCAGUUCAUUAUUAGGGAGGAGAUAAAGGAUAGAGCUAGAAAUGAAGGUCCAUUCUCCCACUAAUUCAAGGAAAACAUUCUCCUUAGAAAAUAUGUUCUUAACUGUUUUUGUGUCAUGGACUUCUUUGGCAGUCUGGUAAAGCCUAUGGACUCCUUCUCAGAGACAUAUUUUUAAAUCCAUAAAAUAAAAUUCAUAGGAAACCAAUAAUAAUGAAAUAUAGUUAUUCCCUCCCCCCCCCCCCAAAAUGGUUGAUAGACCUCAGGUUAAAAACUUCUAAGAACAAUAGCCUCUCAGAGAGUUAGAAAAGACCUCAUAAGUCAUGUAGCCCAACCCAUAUCUAUACAGAAACUAUCUCCACAUCAUCCCAAAGAGUGGUCAUCUUUCCUCUGCUUAAAGACCUCCACUGACCUUUAUCUACCCAUCAUAUUUUUGGAAAACUCUAGUUGUUGAGAAGAAUUGUUCCCCUCUUUAUACUGAAUGUCUCUCUGUCUCUGUCUCUGUCUCUGUCUCUCUCUAUAUAUACACACACAUACAUACACACAUAAAUACACAUGUAUCACCAUAUAUAUGUGUAUAUAUGUGUUUGUAUAAUAUAUUGCCUUUUCCCCAUCUGCUUAUCCAAUUCUGACAAAGUACCUUCAGAUUUGUUGAUAAGACAAAGUAUUUUAAAGUGGUAGUGAAAAUUCUCUUAGCAUAAAUUCACCCUUAUAGGUAGUUUACAGAUUAUAUAGCUAUAUAAUAUAUGCAUAUAUGUUUAAUAGCUUAUAUCUUCUGAAUUGGCUGAAAAAUAUACUAGUGCAUUUCAUAUCUAUAGUAGACACUGAGUUGCUAGUAGUGUUACCAACAAAAAUUGAGUUCUUUGUAUGUAGGGCACAUUUGCCAUUAAAAAAAAAAUCUUUCUCCCCUAUCCAUAGCUUUGUUUUUAUUUUGUUUUCCUAGUUGUGGACCCAUAGGCUUCAGGGAAAAUACUAAAGAUCUUAGAUUAAUGAUUGAUAGGCCUAUAUUGAUUUCAUUCACACAUGGUCAGAAAUAUGUAGCCAUAAGUGUUUUGGCUGUACAUUACAUUUAUUGUUGAAAUUUAAAGUGGUAGUACUUGGUUCUAAAUAUGGUCUCCCCAACUUCUCCCAAACUAUUUCGUUAUUAUAAUGAUGGGGAAUAUUAAAGAUAACGUAAAACUAGCAAUCUGACUUACUGACAAUCCUAAGAAUUCCUUGUUUUAGAAAUUUUACUUUGAACAGGAUAAAAAAAAAGUUUUGAAGGAAAAGUGAAAUUAAAAAAGACUGACCCCACAUUGACACUACUGACCACAAUAUAUGUGGCAUAUUCGCCUUUAAAUCACCUUCUUCCCCUCCCCACCCCCCACCUUUUUUGACUUUUGUGUACGGAGGAUGUUACAUGUGUUAGAAUAUUGUAUGAGACACAACCCACAGGACAGUCUGAGAACAUGUCAACUAGAUGCAGCCUUUGAAUUUGAGACGUGCUUUAAGCAAAUUCUCUUUAAUGUACAGAGAUAGGGUAUAGAAUUUAGAUGCAUGCUUUUGUGCUAGCAGUGAGGUUUCCACAGAGAUGAACCAGGAAAUGAAACAGAAGUUAGUCACAGAGGUUAAAUGGAGAAAUAAACUGUGUGAUAAUAUUUAAUUAUUACUGAAUAGAUGAGGCAUGUACAUAGCAAGUCGAGAAUACACCAUCCAUUUCAAAACCUUCCUUUCCUCAAAAAUACAUUUAGAUUGCCCUAGACUGUGGUUUGCAUGUUUUAAGCUUAGUAGUAAAACAUUUUCAGAAGCAUGAAUGUUCAUUCAGUCAAACAAACCCAACCCUCAUCUGUCCCCUAUCAAUGUGAAUGUCGUUGCUCUAGACUAGACAGGUUGACUACUUUAUUUUCUAUCAGCUGACAUCCUUGAUGGGGGGCAGUUGGGAGGGAGGUUCUAUUCAAAAAGAAAUGUACAGCCUUCCAUUUCUUAGGUAAUAAAACCCCAGUAAUUCAGACUUAAAGAAAAUAUGAAUUUAUGAUCAUUCUAAUAGUGGCUGGACUGAAGCUUGCCUUUGCCUUACCUAUCUACUGGGGGAAAAAGAGCUGUCAGGCAAAUUUAACAGUAUAAGCAAAAUUAUAAGGGGGAGUUUUAAAAAUUAUUUGAGAACCAUUAAGGACUUUAAAAACCUCUACUUAUAUUUACAAGCAGCUGACAGACUAAUUGCUAAUCUCAAAUUCAUUCAGUAUUUACCUUUAGGCAUUCUACUAGGCUUCUAUUUUCUUGGCCCUGAUCCAGUUUCCCUAAGUUCUUGAAAGCAAAGCAAAACAAAACAAAAAACUAUACUUCUAAAAAACAAACAAACAAACAAACAAAACCAAAACCAACCCAAACAAUGUAGGAAUUAAGGUUUCUCACCAAUUCAACCUUUGUCCAAAUUAAUAGGGUGUUAUAUACUUCAACUAAACAAUCACUUAUGAAAUUCAAAUUAGGUGUCAGGCACUGUGUUAGUUGCUGGGAAUAAAAAAGACAAAAACAAAUACAUCCCUCCUCUCAAGGAGUUUAUACUUUACUGAGAGAUAAAGCAGGUAUACACAGAAAUAAAAUAGAUUAUAUUUGCAAUUGAAUUCUUUUAGUUAACUUAUUGAUAUUCCACAUAGCAUUCACUUUAAACAAAAUUUUCCAACUCUGAAAAUAUUCGUUGUAAUAUCAAACUACAGGAUAAAUUAUUUAAAUUACAGGUUAAACAAUUGAUAAUGAAGAUGCUAUUGAGAUGUGAUUUAGAACUUGGACCUGGAGAAGAUAAUAUAAUCCAUUGUAGUACUGAUUGUCAGGGUGAGGUGAGAUGAGUCUUGUGUUGAAAUCCAAGUCCCCCCCCCCAAAAAAAAAAAAGGUUGUUGGAAGGUAUUGUAAAUUUAUAAGAUGCCUAUACUAAGCUUCCCCCCCCCCCACAAAGAUGAUAAAGAGGAGAGACAGGAAGGGAUUCUCGUAUGAAAUAUAUGUUUACGUAUAGUACAAUAUUUCACAAGACACACAUACACCAACCAUAUGCAACGUGUACUGCAUUUCUAUGUAAACAAUGAAUGAGCUUGAAGCAUAAACUCAUUUUAUUCAAAUCACUUUUGGGAAGUCAAUUGGAAAAUAGUUCAAUGAAAAAGAUAAAAGAGGCUACACAAACUUGUAGCUCAUGAUGCAACACAGAGAAAACAGCACAGUGUAUGAGUAGAAUAAAAUAUCUUGAAACAUAUUUAAUAUAUUAUAUAAUCAGCUAGUUUGGACACAGUCUAUUUUGAGGAUAAAAUUUAAAAGAUAUGGGUAUUUAACAGUUAAUAGCAUAUAUAUUUGCCAAUUUUGCAAUAUUUCAAAUGUCUAUAUUAAAAAAUAACUUGUGGAUUCAGUUUUUCAGAAACUAUUUUGGGUUAUUUUUCUGCCUGAGAUUACAUCUUGGGUUUUGAUCCAUCUUAAUGAUGGAGGACACUAAAUCUAACAGUGCUAGACACUCUCUUGUAAAUAAUGGACUCUCUCUCCUGUAUAAUUAGUUUCAUAGAAGAGGUGAUGUAAUAAGUUAAAACUUUCCAAAUACUGGAUUUUUGGAUGCAUGCCUACAAACCCCUCUACUCAUUCCCAUUCAGAGUUAAAGCUAAGUGAAAGGUGAUAUAAAGAACAGUUUUGGGAACCUGAGAAGUUCCAUUAUGCAUCUGUUUUAGGAGUAGUAGUAUCUAAGGAAAACAUAUCAGAGGCAAUGCCAGAAGUGCCAUCUAUAGAAAGAUGUAUGAAGAACUAGAAUAUGGCCGAUCAUUCCUGGGCUGCUCGGAAUGGUUUGUAAAUGAUAAUGGUAAAAUUUUCUUAGGAGCUUACAACUUUGGAUAUCUCAGUCCGUUGACUUGGUAGGGCAUUUUUCUUCUUUUCCUAGUCUCGGAUCAUUGGUUUGUUCAUCCAAUCCAGGAAAGGCUAUGUCUGUGGGCUGUGUAAAUAAAGAUGAACCCUCUGGAUAUAAUAGUUUGUAAUUUUGUAAAUGACUUUGCCAUCUGUAAAAAGUGCUUUGUAUGCAUAGCCAAUGUUCUGAGUGAUGUUGCUCCUCAUGAAACAUGCAAGGAAAGAGAGAGUAUUUUGCCUUGGAGGACUUUGUUCUUUCUUGAAAAGUCCCUUUACAUUGUGGUCAGUGAAAUUCAUUUGUGUUUUAAAGUCCUAUGCCAAUAGAAGGGGUGCCACUCUUUUCUCACACUGUUCCUCCUCCAGAUCAUUAAUUCUCUUGGCUCUUGAGUCUUGAAAGGGAAGCCAGCAGGUAAAGAAAGUGUAAAAAGACUCUAACAGCUCAAAAAACAACCAUUAAAAUACCAGCCCAAAACUUAAUAUAGCACCAUUUCAAUUUGUCUUCAAUGUGGGUUUUCCUGUAAAUAAUGUCAAAUGUAGUACUUUAUUGGACCAUUUCACAUUGGUCUGCUCUGCUCAUGUUGCAUGUAUGAAAUGGCCAAAUUCAGUCUUCAAUUUCUCUUUGCUCCUUUUUU